AUGUCGCCCGCUUCUCCCGAUUCUACUGCGGGCGGCGCAAUGUCAGACGCAGAGGCACCUACGUCUCCGGCGCGCGGCGAUGAGGGCAAAUCUUUCCUCUCGCAAGCGAUGACCGAAGAUGACGAUACCCGCAUGAUGGACGGGACCCCCGAGCCAGGCGAGAAGACGACAGGCCGCGGCAAGGGCAAGAAUGCAGCAAAGGAGUCGGCUGGAGCUGUCACGGGAAAGAUCCGACACCUGAAAAAGGAAGAUGGCGAGCCGCUCUGGCGCAAAGACAUCCAAUACGACUUCCUGAAAGCCAUCUUCGAUGACGAGACAGUAGUGUUCACCAACUCGUACGAGCCUGAGAAGCCUCGCCAGAACUUCGCCGAUCUCUACAUCGACACAAUGUCCCGUAGCAGCAAAACCAGCAAGGUCCUUCGCGACAAACUCCUUACCGAUCGAGCCGCGGCGAAAGGCAUGGCCAUGGUCUGCCUACUGGUCAACAUUGGCAGAAUGAACACAACGCUCAAUUUCUUCCCCGAGAUGCGAGCCCAGCUGCGAACCUACCAUGCCAUUCCCUCGCUCCAGGCGCACCAAGAUGCGCAUGCAUACAAGCAACUCCAGGAUGCCCCGAGAUUGAAGUCUAUCCUGAAGGGCGGUGCCGAGGAUCGUGAAGAGCCUUCGAGUCUCAACAAAAUCAAGGCUCGAGAGGUUCCUCGGACAAACCCCGUCAACCUCUUGUUCGUCAUCUGCCAGUCGGCUUCCAAGAUCGCCGAGUUGCAUUUCCCCCCCGGGCGAGAAUUCCACGACCUGGUCAUGAAGACAAAUUUCACCAGCCAGUCUCGCGCCAAGGCAUUUCUCUGGAUCAUGUGGUUUUACCUCGAGUCCGACUUCACGGAGGAGGGCUGUGACGAGAAUCCCUUCGGCCCGGGUGUGGACUAUGGCGUUGAUGUCGCUAAUCAAGGCGUCCCCGAAUUAGACGAGAUGACCCCAGAUGAAGAGGCUGCCGAAAACGUUGAUGAAGAGGUGGAGAUCAAGUUUGGCGAGGAGAAGCAGAAGAUGCGUGCAAAGAUUCUAGAAGCAGACCAGGCCUAUCUCGCCGACAGUCAGACGAAGCGAGGGUCAAGGACUUCUCGUGUAAUGGCCGAGGAUGGGCCUGCCAUCUUACCCCGUAUUCGACCUUCGAAACACGAGUCUGAUAUGGAUAGCACCCGUUCGACGCCACCACCGAAAGCACUAGGACGAGGUCUUGGGGGCUCGGUCCGACGUGGCGGAGCACCUCUUAAGUAUCAAAUUUUUGAGGCCUCGUCGCCAGCCGGUCCAGCUCAUGGUUCAGCGGAGGGUAUUGUCGCAAGAAAACCCCGGCCUCCCACAGCACACCAAAUUGCGGUGGAGAGGAACAGAAAUCAGAGGGUCGAAUACAUACUCGACCGGGGCAUAAGGAGACAACACCACAAGGCCAGGAAGUUUAGACGACAGGAUGGCGCGGUAUACCGAGCAUACAAACGUAUCCAGCAGAUGCCAAACCCGUUUGAAGACAGCGAGGGCGAAGAUGGCCCGCAGCGACAAUUGGCUUCUUCCGGCGAUAAGACCGUCGGCGCCUUCCGUCAAAAGGGAUUCGGCGGCCUGGUACUUUUGACUACUGAGAAUGAUGAUUUCGGUGAAGAGGCAAGCGCCUACGCCGCAGCAUUCAGACGCACAUCACGACGACUGGCCCGAUGGUCUGCUCACGAAGGUGAACCCCUGGGGGUUAUUCCUCCUAGGAAGAGGAAGAAGGCCGAUGGCGAGGCUAAUGGCCACGGCGAUGCUGGCGAUAUGACCAUGGAUCUUGACACCCAAAGGGCCGAUGGAUCACAAUCCCGGAUGAACGACGACAUCGACGGUGACGAGACUCUCGGCGACAUGACUAUGGGAGACAUGACCAUGGACGACAUCGACGAUGCGGAUAAGACGGCUGCGCCUGACGACGAAGAAGAGCUGGACGAUAUGGAUAGGUCCCUUCUCGGCCUUGCCGCUGAUGACGGAGAGGACUCCGCCUCCGACGACGAGUAG